UCCUUUAAGAUGAUGUAAUAGUCAUUUCCCUGGAUGGUUUCUUGCCUGCACUGCUGAAACAACAGCAUCCGAACUGCACUGGGAACUGUGGAACCACCCAGCUCCGCCGCCAGAGAAGCCGGAGCCCCGGGCCCCCCGCCGGCGUCUCUGCGCUGCGUUGGCCUCUGGCUCCCACCGGCUCCCACCUGGCUGGGAACAUGGGAGUCCGUUUGCCCUUGCCGGCAGGUGCGGUGGCUACCUGGGACCCUAGCAGGGCACAUCUCUCCAUCUUUCUGCUUCUAGGCUUUCUGAAAAGCUUCUAAGUCCUGGUACCUCUUGCAACUCUCUUCUAAGGAUCCUUUCCAAAGAUUUCUUUUUCCAUUUUUCUUUUCCCCUGGGGAAGCUUUGGUUGAAUAUUUUCUCUGCUUUACUUCUUCAACCCAACCACCUCUCAUCACGGCUUAACUUUUUUGUGACUUGUUUUAACUUAAGAUACGGAAUGAAUACAUAUGUACCUACAUACAUACAUAAAUACAAAUAGGCAUUUAUAUAAAUGCAUAUAUAUAAUAGUUAUUUUCCAAGAGCACACCUCUCUGGCACUUUUCAUUGAUACCUCAGUCGUUUACCUGUUUGGGAUUUGACAAGAUCCAGACUCAGUUUGGCUGUGGAUUUUGAUUGCUUUACAAAUGGUUAUUAUUUUUUUUUCACAAGAAUUGGGUCUCCAGCACUCACUAAGAGGACUCUUUUUCUGACUCAUUCCAGGUUUGAGGAAAUAAUUUUUUCUCUUUUCCUUCAGACGGACAUCUGAGUAACUGGGGAAUUGGCCUGCCUUGCAUGUGAGCUUGAUGGAAGAUUGGAUAUAGACGAGUUGAUUAUAUUUUAUGAAGUAGCAGCUCACUACCAUCCACCAUCCAGGGUUUAAACUACUUUUUCAGCAUCACUUCACCUAUGGACUCUUAUACAUUUUGCUUUCUUGGGGGAAAAAUACUGGGAUAAGAGGAGGUCAUUUUUUAAUAAGUUAGCAUCCUUUUCCCUUUCUUACAAGUUGAUCCAAAGGAUAAGGCUGUGACUCCAUUGGAUUGCACCUUUAAAUCAAAAUAGCAGCAGCAGAAGAAAGGGACAAUGGCUCUGAGUGGAAACUGUAGUCGUUAUUAUCCUCGAGAACAAGGGUCCGCAGUUCCCAACUCCUUCCCUGAGGUGGUAGAGCUGAAUGUCGGGGGUCAAGUUUAUUUUACUCGCCAUUCCACAUUGAUAAGCAUCCCUCAUUCCCUCCUGUGGAAAAUGUUUUCCCCAAAGAGAGACACGGCUAAUGAUCUAGCCAAGGACUCCAAGGGAAGGUUUUUCAUUGACAGAGAUGGAUUCUUGUUCCGUUAUAUUCUGGACUAUCUCAGGGACAGGCAGGUGGUCCUGCCUGAUCACUUUCCGGAAAAAGGAAGACUGAAAAGGGAAGCUGAAUACUUCCAGCUCCCAGACUUGGUCAAACUCCUGACCCCCGAUGAAAUCAAGCAAAGCCCAGAUGAAUUCUGCCACAGUGACUUUGAAGAUGCCUCCCAAGGAAGCGACACAAGAAUCUGCCCCCCUUCCUCCCUGCUCCCUGUCGACCGCAAGUGGGGUUUCAUUACUGUGGGUUACAGAGGAUCCUGCACCUUGGGCAGAGAGGGACAGGCAGAUGCAAAGUUUCGGAGAGUUCCCCGGAUUUUGGUUUGUGGAAGGAUUUCCUUGGCAAAAGAAGUCUUUGGAGAAACUUUGAAUGAAAGCAGAGACCCUGAUCGAGCCCCAGAAAGAUACACCUCCAGAUUUUAUCUCAAAUUCAAGCACCUGGAAAGGGCUUUUGAUAUGUUGUCAGAGUGUGGAUUCCACAUGGUGGCCUGUAACUCAUCAGUGACAGCAUCUUUCAUCAACCAAUAUACAGAUGACAAGAUCUGGUCAAGCUACACUGAAUAUGUCUUCUACCGUGAGCCUUCCAGAUGGUCACCCUCACACUGCGAUUGCUGCUGCAAGAAUGGCAAAGGUGACAAAGAAGGGGAGAGCGGCACGUCUUGCAAUGACCUCUCCACAUCUAGCUGCGACAGCCAGUCUGAGGCCAGCUCUCCCCAGGAGACGGUCAUCUGUGGUCCCGUGACACGCCAGACCAACAUCCAGACUCUGGACCGUCCCAUCAAGAAGGGCCCUGUCCAGCUGAUCCAACAGUCAGAGAUGCGGCGGAAAAGCGACUUACUCCGGACUCUGACUUCAGGCUCCAGGGAAUCGAACAUGAGCAGCAAAAAAAAAGCUGUUAAAGAAAAGCUCUCAAUUGAGGAGGAGCUGGAGAAAUGUAUCCAGGAUUUCCUAAAAAUCAAAAUUCCAGAUCGGUUUCCUGAGAGAAAACAUCCUUGGCAAUCUGAACUUUUAAGGAAGUAUCAUCUAUAAGGGAGGGCUGGGGGCGGGAAAAGAAAAAAAAAAAGUCAUCAUUUUGAAGUUAACCUCCUAAAAGGAAUUCAUAUUUUAAAGGAAAAAAUACAACUAAUGAUGCACAUUUCUUAGAACACAAUAGUCCAUUGAUAUACUACUGCCUACUUUACCUAGUUCACCUUAACAUGUAAAUCCACAGGGUAGAUUUCUUUCUAGAUGUGGAAGUACAAGAAAAUCUUUUUUAGUUAUUUGUUUGUUUACUUCGUCCCAUGUGCUAACUAUCUUACAUAUAAUGAGAGCCAGCUACAUAAAAGUAGCUGAGAGGCCUUGGGAGUCGUUUAUCCCAAACUGGGUUUUUUCUCUCAUCCUUCUACCUCCCUCCUUUGAAUGAGGGUAUGGUAGAAAAAGAUCUGGCCCAAUGGCAUAAGUUUGGAAUUUUUAAAUUUGGUUUUUCCUUUUGUUUAUGGGGUUAGGGGAGAAUGGCAGAUUUAUAUGCCUUUUCACUCAAAUCUAUAUGUGCCAGUUUAUAUUGACUCCGUAUGCAUGAGUAUGUGUGCAAGACAAGCACAACUAAGUAUGUAUAUACACAUGACGCACACGAUGCCAGGGCCUAGACCUCCCAAGGGCUGUGCUCCUGCUCCCAGCAGCCCUCUCUUACAAUAUUUCAGAUGGAUGAGCUUCUGACUCUUUCUUAAAAUUCUUUUGGGAAGAUUUCCCAGCCUUUCUUCACAACACUUUCUAACAUCAAAUGACUCUCAUCAUCAACAAAUUGUAUUCCUUAUUGUGAAAUUAAUACCCUCAGGCUCCAUUUUACUGCUUUGCUCUUUGUCUGCGUUAAGAGAGGAUGAGGAGAGCUGGUCAAACAUUCUUUGUGUUAAAAAAUCAAACAUUCAUAUCCACAAAAUUUUCUGCUAAAUGACUCCACACUCAGCCUUCUCUACCCUGAACUGAAUUAUCACCCUUUUCUCCGUGUUUUCAGAGUUCUUACUGCCCACAGUUUAAUGGUGUGGCCUUUCCACAUAAUCCACAUUAAGUUCUGUGUUCCUGUGUUGUUGUGGAACUAAGGACAACACACAGUACUUGAAUAAGGGUCCGGCCUUUUGUUUGUUUUAGAGAAAGUUGUAUUCCACACACAACCUAAUAAUUUCUUAUAAAAAUUUUAAACUACGAAGCUACGUUUUUACUUGCUUGUAGCUGUUUUUGUUUGCCUUUGGGAUUCGGGCUUUGGCUGUGCCCAUGCAAGGAUUUAGCUGUGUCAUUUUUAUGAUGUCUGUAACAACCCAACAAGGUAACUGAAGCUCCAAAGUUAAGGUUUCAGAUUUCUAAAUGAAACUAUCUUUUUCAAUUACAUCCUGACCUGUAUAGACACAGCCAAAAAGAAACUGUUAAUAGCCAUCCAUCCAUGUAUCUCUGUAUUUUACUAAGGUACCAAUAGCUCUUUCAUAGACUUGUGCUACAGGAAGGUUAAAAGACCAGUUUUUAUUUUCAGCAUUCCUCAUGCAUUUAAGUGGUAACCAAAAAAUAAUUUGUCAAUUAAUAGUUGUGUGCCAAGCACUCCUAAUUUGUUUUAUUGCGUGUGUGUGCAUGUGUGUAUGUGUAUCACAGGUAAUAAAGGCAAUUGGAUGAUAUCUGUAGGAGGAAAACAAUGACUAAUUUCUUCCUUUUGAAAUCUUUCAUUGAUGCACAUUUAUUAUGUAAGAUGUUCUGUCUUGAUUUCUGUUCUUAGUGAUGAUUAGUAUAUGAAUAUCUUUCUGAAUUUUUGUAAUUCUCGCCUUCACACUAGGAUGACAGACUCAGCUAAUGUUUCCUUGUCCUGAAGGUUUGAAUGGAGUUUAAAGUUUUACAUAAGUGAAAAAGAAAGUUUAUCUUGGGAGUUGAGUUGUCAAGAGAAUUAUAAUUUAUGAAUUUAAGUGGUAUUCUUUUCUGUGUUAAUAUAUUAGCAGAUAUUUGAUCUUAACUACAACAUAGCUUUGUUUGUAAACUUACCAGUAUGUCUUCAUUCUUUUCAAUGUUUCUUGAUAGCACAUGGCAAUACCAUCAUCCUAAUAACAGAAGAUCUUGCAAAGAAUCACAGAGCUUAAUGGGUCAAGAAGUUGAAUUUGGGGAAAAUAUCCUGCAACUCACUUUGGUCGAAUGAUUAUUGUGUUGUCACUGGAAGUACUGUCAAAGACUUUGGGGGUCUAACUAAAAUGGCCAAAGUUCCAACUUCCUUAAAUUUCAGACCUGACUGUAAUGGCCUCAAGAUAGAGAGAUACCCUUAUAAGAGUAAAGAAUUAAGAUGAUAGUCAACCCAAUAUUUCUACUACAUUCUUUAAACAGGAAAUUAAACACUGCAAAAGGAGUGUUCGUGGCAGUGUUCCUCUGACCCCUGACGUGUCAUGAGUUUUCUCUGCUCUGACAUUCCUUAUACAUCCAGUGAACAAAGCUGGAAUAGAAAACCUGUUUAAAACAAUCACAACAGCAAUAUUUUUAUUCUGGGCCACCUCUCGACUGGCAUUCAUCCCAUGGUAAAAUAUUCAAGUAACUAAGACAACAGCAUGGCAUUUAUUUGUGUGAGUGUUUAUAUAGAAAUGAACAUAGACCUGGCCAGUAAAAGGCUCUGAGGAGGCUUAAAGUACCUAGUUUGAGUGGAGUUAUCAAGUGAGGUCCAGGUAGCCUGCAACAUUGGAAAUGAGUUCUGGGUAAGUGAGUUAUAAGAGUACAUGCUCUAGUAACUCUGGUGGUCACUGUGACUCGGGCAUGUUUCCCUGAAGUUAAAAUAGUUUUUAGAACUUUUUGUUUAAUUCUGAAGAAAACAAUAUAUAUGGUUUACUUCUCGAACCUUGGUUAUGACAAGAGCCAUAAAUUGCUAAUGUAAAGAAGUUAGUAGUAUCAAGUGGAUACAAUGAAUGGGGAAUCACGUGUAGAGCCCCAACUUAGAUUGCCUUCUGGGAAAUCCCACGAUACUAAAAUCCAGUGAGCUUUGGGAGAUCAUUCCCUAAAGGUAUGUGGGUCAUCUGAAGUCAGAAACAUAUUUACAAAGUCCUUCUACCCACUAUCAAAAAUGAACUGAUCUGCAUUCAGCAGGAAAAGGGGAAGACAGGAAUAUAAAACUACUAGAUCAUAUGGUAUUGUGAUUUUCUUUCCCCUGCUAGGAAAAAAUUGCACUGAAAUGCUGACAAAAAAUAAUGAAGUCAAGUGGCUUCCAAAAUAUGCACUGAUGUUAUCCUUUGUAUUUAUAGGCACAGUUAUCUUACUGAAAAUGCAUGCAUGGUGAAUUAAAAUAAGAGGGGGAACAAUGCACAAAUAAUAAGCGUUCCGUUUGCUCUUUAUUCCUUCAUAGUUGUAUCUAUUCCAACCAAUUCAUUUUGGGGGAACACAUUUAUUAAAGGGUGCUGACGUGGAAUUUUUCUCUUUUCAAUUAGCCUUGUUAGAUUCAGAGGAAUCUUUAUCCAUAGGCACAGGUGUGUUGCUUGUUCUGGGCCCCAUUACUGCCUGCGCUUCUGGAUUACUUUUGCUUUCCUGGGCUUUAGAUUCUUCUCUGAGGAUCCUUUGUUGGUGUCAAACAAAACAUGCUACACUGAGACAAAAGGAAGGCAUGUAUGGUGUUUUGUAAAAUUACUUGACACCAGCUCCCACAAUGGGAACCAAAUUUUGAUUAUUAUACAUUUUCCUUUGCUACAAUUCCAACCUUCAACUUUGUAUCUACUAUAGUGUAGAUCUGUGAAUUUGAGUGCUGGUAUUUUCUGCCACUAUAUACCAUGCCAUGGAAUUUGACUAGCCUUGGUCUUCUAGAUGAUCUUUACUAGAAUUAAUAAGACUCUUUCUGUGAACUUUUAGGAAGAAUUCUUUGUCACCUCCACCUGACAUACCAAUUUUCAAAAGAAAAACGAAGGGAGUUUAUUUUUCCUUAUGGUGACUCUGUGGCAGAUAAAUGUUUUUGCCAAUUUGCAUGCUGGUUUAUAGGUUUAGCAUGGGCCAUUUCUCUCUUUAAUGUCUUGGUAUUGUUGGUGUCUUGCAAUCUUGAUGCCCCACAGUUUCGAUUUAUUUAUUUUAUUUUAUAUUGUCAAAAUAGCACACUAGAGAAAGAACCAGAGUGAACAUUCUGUAUCCUGAGUUACAAUGGAGUUACAUGUCAUUUGUAUAGAACUGUAUAAUGAUUAAUUUCUGCAGAGAAAUUAGACCAAAUGAAACCUGCUGGAAUAGGUUUGAUUUAUAUUGCCUUCAUCAUUCUGGUUUCAGACAAAAUGGUUAUUGUUCUCUACCCCUGCUGAAAGAAUAGAGUCUUAAACUUUAAUAAUCACAGCCUUGUGAUGCAAACACAGAGCUUAUUUGUUUGAAAUGCCUAUUAUUCUCAUCUUGCUGUAUACGUUGGAAUGGAGAUUCUUUUUCCAGUGAUCUCCAUUGCAAACUUUUUAAUAGCGUUUUUUAAUACUCAGUAUGCACAAAAAUCAUGUGUAGCACUUGUAAAAAUGCAGAUUCCUUCAACCUAACUUCAAAGAGUCUGAUUCAGAAACUUGAAGCAGGGCAAAGAAAUUUGUAUUUUGAGCUAGUCUCCUUAAUAAUUUUGAUGAGGAUUUUCUAUAGACCUUACUUUGAAAAAUUCUGCUGUUUAGGGAAUAUGCAGAGGCCAAGAGUUCCUUUACUUCUUAGAAGCACUUCCUCAUUUUCUCUUACUUUCUUCCCACUACAAAUAAGUCAAAGCAUGCAUUAUUCAUUAUCUUAAGAGAAAACACCCAAAGAAAAACAUCCUAAGACUAGGGCAGAACAGAUUUUCAUGAAUUCUUUGCCAUUUGAUCUGCUGUCUGUCAACCAUAACCCUUUCUCCAUAUUGUGUGUGUAUGUGUAUGUGUAUGGGUUUUUCCCCAAUAUAAAAGCCUGCAUUAUUAGAGUCUUAGCUCUGGGUAGAUGGGAGCAUAUCUCUGAGUGAGAUGUAUUCUAAUGAUACCCAACAAGAAAUAAAAAUAAUGAUCUUUCCCAAGGAGAGUUGUUUAUUUCUAGGCCCUUACUUAGUAUGAGUGGGAGGAAAUUGAAAGUGAUCCAUAAUUUAAUGGUGUGUAUGGCCCCAAAGGUGAUUCCAUUAACUGCACAUAAAAUAUAACCAAAAUGAAUAUGGAAUGAUUAGUGAAUUCAGCUAUAUUUUACCAAUCAAAUCCUGCGCCAUUGAACUGCUAAAUUUGUCCAAUUUGACUCAACCAGGACUAUGAAGCUCUCAGAUAAUUGAUGAUCCUGAACCCUGACAUUAACUAAAAACUUGAAGCCAAACUGAUGUGUAAGAAUAAAUGCAAAAAAAGAAAAAGAAAAAGAAAGCAAGAAAGAGUGAAUUCAAAAGGGUUUCAAUGAUCCAAUUGACCCUAUUCAUUUAACAGACUAACUGGAUACAUACCAAAUUCCCACGUUAUAAGAAAGAUAAAAAUAGAGAUCAUGCUUGUCAUGAUCAUGAGUGAAUAUUUGAGUAAAUAUUAUUGCCAAAGGAAAGUGAAGGACGUUUAAUGAAACUGAUGAACAUGAGCAACUAAUUAUGUUAAACUGGCCAAGAUUAAAACAAAAAUGGUUAAAUUUGAUUCAGUUUGUUGCCCUCUCUCCUCUACUUCCUAAGUGGGAUCCCUUUUCUGUCCCGGCUUCCUAAUGUUCAAAAAAUGUUUCUCUUGCUUGUGAACAAAUUUUGUUGCCAAUUAGGUAAAAAAUGUUAAGUUCCCAGACUGUCAUCCUUGCAUUAUUUAGGAAAUUUACUUUUAAAAGGAUAAAGAAAAAUGUGCCUGGCCUAGCAACUAUCAAGGGCUUGUCCUGGAGGAGGGUGGGGGUAAUCUGCCUGUUAAUCAGCUUUGUAAAACACUUAUAUGCCAACCAGAGGGUUUAUUAAGUCUCUUGUCUCCAGCAACCUCCUCCAUCUUAUCAGUUUAUUUUUAGAAUUGACCUUUAGAUAAUUUACCUGCAUUUGCACAGUGAAAAAUCAACAUAACUUUAUAUUCUCUUCCUGCUGACGUGGUCUCCAUCCAUCACAAAUGGAAGCAGAACUGAUGCUUAGUAAAGUAAUGAGAGUUGCUUUCAAAUUACAUUAGUGUUCAUGUGUGAGUGUGCACAUGGCCAUGUGCAAUUUUUAGGUUUAUGUCAGCUCAGUGGAUAAUGUGCGUGGGAGUGCUAUCUGAGUGCAUGGAAAAAGCCUUUGGUUACAUAGUUUAACAGCUUUUUAGUUCAGCACAAUAGUUUAUCUCUACUGUGGAUGUCAGUCCUUGAGAAUGUUAAGUAAAGCUUGUCUCCUCAUGUGAAAUUCAAACAAUACUAAUUUCUGGGGAAAAAUUAAACUCAUAUCCAUGUAUAUAGUGAAGAGUGGCAUCUUAUUCAAAAAAAGAAUGUAUUUUUGAAAGCUAAGAUAGACAUAGAAUACACAUUAAUCAUCAGUAGUCUUUUUUAAUUGCAGCCAGUGGUCAGUGGUUUAUCUAUACCUUUAGGUGAGAGACAGAGAGAAACAAUUUCAGGAAACUCUCCUUGAUUCAUGUGGGUUAUGUGCAUUUAAGGCCGUGGCUCUCAACCAGGAGUGGUUUUGCAUACCAGAGAUCUUUUGGCAAUGCCUGGAGAUAUUUUUUGUUUCAUGAUUUGAGGGGUGCUACUGACAAUUAAUGGGUAUAGGCCAGAGAUGCUGCUAAAGAUCCUACAGUGUACUGGAAAGCCCUCCAUAACAAAAAGUUAUCCAGCCCACAAUGUCAAUAGUGCUUAGCUUGAGAAACUCUAAAUUAAGCAUGAGUUUAAAUUUGUCAAGGCAUUUUUUUUUCUGUACCAUAUACGGGAAGUCUUCCAGGUCAAUAAGCAGGAUAAAAUAGAAAAAUAAAAAUCGGAACCAGUUUAAAUGUGUAUAGAAAUUAUACGUAUGGAAAUUAUUUGAAGUUAGACAUAAUUAUCUCUUUAUGCAGAUGUGAAAGCUGAGAUUUACAGAAAUAGGAAACUUUUUCCAGGGAUGUGGUAGUGAUGAGGAAGGCCUGUAGUUUAGGUGUCUUGUCUUCUUCUACUUCAGUCUUUCUGCCUCAGAAAAAUUAUACUUCAGUGAUGUUGUCAAUCUUUCAACAGCUAAAAGUGUUUGUUGUGAAGCACUCUGGGAUCCUUUUCAGUUUACAUGAUCCUGUUAAAGAUGUUUCCCAAGCUGAUCAACAGUAGACCACAAAGUGCUCUCAGAAAUGAAACUAGUAAGGGGGAGAAAGUGUUUUGAGCAGGCCUAUGAUUUCAUUGUGUGUAACUGCUUAUCAUACCCUUCGUUACUUUGAGUUGAAUAUUCCCUCAUUGAGGAUGGUAAAAUCUUAUUGGAAAAUAUGUUUCCUAGACUCACCCAGGGGUGGCUCCCAUGUCCUUGUUUCCAAACAUGUGACAAGUCUAAGCACAAGUCCUUGCUACUGAGUCUUAUUGUUUAGUUUAUAUAUACUGACUUUAUUAGAACACAAUUUGUGUCUGAAAUGAUUUGACAUUUUUCUUUUAAUGUAUCAUACCAAUAUCCCAGGGAUGGAAUUAUGGUAGGGUCAUUCUAAUUCCAUUUUAUACAAGGGAAACUAAGGACCCAGAAAGUUUAAAUCAGUCAUUUAUUUGUUUGUUUAUGCAUAUAUCCAGCAAAUAUUUGUUGGGUACAUACCAUAUAUAGGUCACUGUCGUGAGCAUUAUAAUGUCUAAGCAAUCAAAUUUGGAGUAAAGAACUUGAAUUAAGUUCAUUCAAAUCCUAGACUAACAUUAUUUCUAUAUGUAGUUCUGAUCAGUAUUCUAGAAUUACGGUUUAAAUAUCCAGUUAUAAAUAAUAUAUAUUACAGAUUUAUUAUUAUGUACCUGAAACUCUACUGAGUACUUUUCAUGCCUUAUCUCAUUUAAUCCUAUCAUAAUCCAAUGAAGUAAGCCCUACCACUAUCCUCUCUUUACAGAUGAGGUCAGUGAGGCUCAGAAAGAUAAAGUAGCACAUAAAGGCUCAUAGCUAAAAAGUGGCAGAGCCAGAUUUUCCUCUGAGUUUAUUAGACUCUAAAGGCUGCUGGCUUAGCCAUCUCUUUGUACAAUCUGUUCUCUCUGUCCUCUGAACUUUGCCUGUUUCUCCUCUCUCCUAUGCUAAACAAAGUGUGAUCCCAGCCUGACAUCCUUCCUAAAAGUCAUCAGUUUUUUUUGUUUGUUUGUGACUUGCAUCUGCCUAGGAGGUAAAGAAAGGGCAGAUUUGCUACAGCUUGUACUUUAUGCCACAAAAAUUUUCAAGGGGGCAAUAAUAUUGUAGAACAAGUAUCUGGUGAGUACUGAUACCCUAAGAAACUCACCGUGAUAAGCUAGCUUCCACGUCUGGAGAAAAUGACACUUGCAAUUGCUUGCUGUGCUGCACACAGGUCACUAGGGCAAGCUUCAGGAGAAGUAAAAUAGGUGUAUGAGCGUGUUUAUAUGUGUUUAUGCAUGAGUGUAUCUAGGUAUCUGCUAUUUUCAUCUUUUGGCUUGUUAAACAGUCUCAGUUUUUUAUUCAAGACAGGUCAAAAGCCCAAAUGUGAUUAACUGCCCUCAGCAUCUCAUUGUUACUGUUAUAAGUUGGGAAAAAGAGAGGCAGCUUUAGAAAAGAAACUUCACCGAAAUAUGUGCAUGCAUGUGUGAGUGUGUGUGUGUGAGGAGUGUGUGUAUUUAUGUGUGUUUUGUGUUUAUGUAUAAAAUUAUGUGUAUAUAUGUACAUAUGUGUGUACAUCUAUCUUAAUGUGUAUAUAUAUAAAUAUAUAUCUAUAGCUGUACAUAUGUAUACACCCAUAAACAAAGCUCAUAGUUUAAAACUUUGGAAUUUUCAGUUUAGAGAACUUAUUAUUAUUACAAUUUGUAUUUGGUUUCCUAGACGGUCUAAUAUAGUUCUAAUUUCCAAAAUUCUCUUCCACUAAAAGUGGAUAUAUUUAUUUAUGGUGCCGAGAACAUUAACAAAAUAUUUAGAUUUAAUAUCUAUGAAUAAUAAACCAAAAAAAGUGCAUUUAAGGAAACACCAAACUUGUAAAAACUGGCUCUCUUAUCCAAACCAUUUGUUGGAAUUUCAAACUACAUGUUUUCACACUUCUUCAUUCCAAAAAAAAAAAAAAAACCAAACCAGAAAAAACCCAAAACACUACCAAAUGAACAGUGAUAAUGUUUAAGAAGAAACAGAAAAAUGUAGGUGUAUGAUAGCACAAAUUCAAUGGUUAUUGCCCUAGUGGUGCUUCACUUACCUAUUGGUUAAUUUAUUAUAUCCUGGUUAAUUUCACUUUAUCACUGAUGAGGGUUCCUGUGUCCCUACAUGAUUUAUCGGUGGAGCUAAUUAUCUGUUUAUUUAUUUAAAGCUACAGUAAAUAAUUUAUAAUAUGCAUAUUGUAAAUAGAUACUAAAAGUCAAGGGCACAUUGUAAUAAUCACAAAGUUUUAGUCUCCUGCAAAUAACACUUGAAGCCUGUUUAUACAAUACCCAAAUAGUUGCUCAAAGAAAGAACAAUGUAAGUCAAAUACAAGAAAACCUUACUUACCUAUUUUGGCAUUUUACAGACAUAACAACCAAAUUAACGAAUUUUGGCCAUCUUAAGAAUACAGUAAGUUGUGUACUCAUUCAUAGCCACAUGCUUUGCAUAUUACUGGGGAAUGUGAAAAAUACUUAAAGUCAACCUAUGCAAACAGAGAUUCCCUGCUGCUCUUUGGGAUCAGUUUGUAUGCACACAAGCCCAUGCCUUCAACUGAUAGUCCUAGCACAGAUCCCUCCUCCCAGAGAUCUGUCAGGUGUGCCCACACAACAGAAGCACUUGUAAACUAAUCAAGCACGGUCACUGAAUCCUUUUUUCACCAGCCUUCUGCAGAUGUUGUCUUAAAAACAUAAGAAAGAAAAUCCAUUUUUUUAAAGCAAUGAAAUGUUCUAAUUAGGUUUGAGAACAUUUGAAGGAGCGACUGUUUUUUCCCCAAAAUUUUGGAGCAGAGGGGACAUUUUACAUCAUCCUAACUUCAUGUUCCUCUGUCAUUUUAUUUUAUUUAUUUAUUUUUAAUUCGAAAGCAGAAAGUUGAAUCAGGAAAAUUUGUCUUAAAAUAUACUGUUUAGUUUAGAGAUGGACAAACUAAUGUAUUUUUGUAAAUCAUGGGUGGCGGAUGUCAAAAUCUCUCAUUAAUUACCCUGUUUUUAUCUCUAAGGAAAUUGAUUCAUGAAUAAUUGGAAAGGUAUUCUAGUUAAGACACACAGAAACACAAACUUAGCGGAGCUGCACUUCAGAGAGUCCCACUGUAAUCUGUUAAUAGAAUCUGCUUUAAAUGAGUCACUCCUUAGACUGGCAAUGACACCCAGCUUAGUCUGUAAAAUCAGGAAUCUUUGUGUUGGCUGAAGGAAUUUAGUAAUCUUAGUUGAAUUCCUCUUCCCCAUGUCUUUCAAAACCAGAGCACUGGGUCGAACCUAACGAACAAAAUAAUUCGUCCAAAUUAAAUUGACUUUUUUACAUAAUAUCAGCACCACUCCUUACACUUUUAAAGUUAAAGACCCUGUUGAUCAGGUUACCUGGAAAUUUCAAGUGCAUCUGACCAGGGAUUAUCAAGCUCCUUGUGACAUCUGUUUCUGAUGCUGUGAAUGUGAUGUCACCACAAAUAGAGGAUUCUGAAUUUUGCUGGUACUAAUGCUGAGUGGUGACUUAUUGGGGCCUUGCUCAUGUUACUUUUUCCUGACCUCAUUCGAGCACUUGAUGACUUGGGUCAGUUUGUUGCACAUUGAUGAAUAACAAGUGACACCCAAUGAAAUUACCUCUUCUCCUUUCCGAUGCAGUUCGCUUGUACAUAAAUGUAACGUCAAAUUGUUUACAGGUUAUUUUUGUGCGUAAUUGUGAUAGCAGAUUUAGCUCAAACUUUAAAGGAAUUUGUUUACUGACUGGUGUUAAAAUGAAUGUGCUUAUUACAGUAUAAACAUCAUUAAUUAUGGACUCACAUGAAUGCAUGUCUAGAUGUCGUCAGUUCUCAGCAGCUCGGUUAUUCAGCAAAAAGUCUGCAGUCUGUGAAUAGCAAAUAUACAUAAACUACUGUGACUCUAAUAACUCAGUAACUGUUUUUACCUUGGGAUGUAACACUGUAGAUCUUAGCCUGCUGUAUUUCUUUCUUACCUAUUUCUUUUUGCGAGAAAAACAUGACAGAAAAUGUUACUACUAAUUGUCGCAAUGGAAUUGCACAUCAUUUUGGCAAUCAUUGGUUCACUCGGAAGGCAACCGCCUAUAGAUGGAACAGCCCUGAGCAACAUAUAAAUAUAUACAUACAUAUCUAUGUAUGCAAUAUCUACACUGCGAAUUACUACCAUCUAUUCUCACUGCCAAUGGAAACAAACUACUCUUUUCUUUGGAUUCAUUGAUGGAUAUAAAAAAUUAAUUUGCUAUUAACUGCUUUCAUAUUCUGUUUAGUUCUUAUAGUAUGGUAAAUGAUACAGGUGCAGUAUCAGUAUUGUAAAAUUGUAUGGUGAAAACUACAAAAGUCAUUCUGUGGAUAUAUUUUAAAAGGAAGAACAGAAACUAUAUUUCAGAUUCUUGUGUGAAUAUAAUUACAGAAUAGGUAACUAUUUUUAUGUGUUUCCAUAAAUGACUCCAUUUCAUAUGCAUUGUAAUUUAGCACAAAUCAUAAUAAAUCAUUUGGUAACA